GGUGUGAAUGACAGAGGUGGUGCCUUCGAGCGCCCUCAGCGAGGUCAGCCUACGCCUCCUCUGUCACGAUGACAUAGACACUGUGAAGCACCUGUGCAGUGACCGGUUCCCCAGUGAGUACCCAGACUCAUGGUAUCGUGAUAUUACGUCCAACAAGAAGUUCUUCUCCCUUGCUGCAACCUACAGAGGUGCCAUUGUGGGAAUGAUAGUAGCUGAAAUUAAGAGCAGGACCAAAAUACAUAAGGAGGAUGGAGAUAUCCUGGUCAGCUUCUCUGUUGACGAACAAGUUGCGUACAUUCUAAGUUUGGGAGUAGUGAAAGAAUUCCGAAAGCACGGCAUAGGUUCUCUUUUACUUGACAGUUUAAAGGAUCACAUGUCAACCACCGCUCAGGACCACUGUAAAGCCAUCUACCUGCAUGUCUUCACCACCAACAACACAGCGAUAAACUUCUAUGAAAACAGAGACUUUAGGCAGCAUCAUUAUCUGCCUUAUUACUACUCCAUCUGAGGGGUCCUUAAAGAUGGCUUCAUCUAUGUCCUCUACAUCAGUGGCGGUCACACUCCCUGGACCAUCUUGGACUACAUCCAACACCUGGGCUCAGCACUAGCCAACAUGAGCCCCUGCUCCAUCCCGCACAGGAUCUACCGCCAGGCCCACAGCCUGCUCUGCAGUUUCCUGCAGUGGUCCAGUAUCUCCUCCAAGGGUGGCAUCGAGUACAGCCGCACCAUGUGA